UCACAUCACGCAUAUGGACUUUACCUACCAGCCCUUGAUGUGUGGCUUUUGAAGCCAUUCGUGUGAUUGUGUUGACGGGCUCUAGCACUAGCAUGGUGGUAGGUGGUCUCCACCCCCCUGUCCUGGACCAUGGACCUACUGCAACGGCCGGGAUCCUCUUUUUUUUCCCUUUGUCUUCGUUGGAAGACCGGGGGGAGGAAACGACACGACACGAUACAGCAUCUAGGGACCAGGGAUGAUGAUGAACAACAUGUCUGUGAUGAGUAACAAGAUAUAAAUAUGGCCUCGGUAUCCUCGACUGUCGAGUUUUGAUCGAAGGAUAACCGCAUUUAUCAAAACAAGCAUACCAACAAUUGUCAUCACCUCAAUUCCCCAUCUCCAUCAUCCGGCAUAUCCUGCUCAAUCUCGGCAGGGAAAAUUGGCAUUGUCACAUCGCCGCAACCAAGCAAAGCACAACACCGCUUGGACCGAGACAGUCUGAUCAUACUUCUUCCCUCUAUUAUCCCUCACUCGCUCAAUCAGCUGUUUGUCAACACAACCCACCAUAUAGGCCGACUUGGCUGUCAACGCGACUGCCUUUGCCCAUCAGAGAUAUUGAAUUCUCCGAACGGCACGGCACUGCUCCCAACCCUCUCAUCCCCGGCUUGCGGAACUGUUCACUUGCAUCCGGUCCAAUUUGUUUCGACUAAGUUGUCACAAGUAUUAGGCUGACGUAAGGAGACGUGGAAGUAAACUAUCGGUUCGGAUAUUUUGCUUCUUGAGCAAACAUUGAACGGUCGUCUACCUGUUCCACCUUCAACGUCUGCCAUAAGUCUUGCCUCCGUCAAGCAUCACUCCAGCCAUUACACAGAACGGGCUUACACCCGCGACCAACAAGCCAAACCUACCUCACGUGCACGCCAUCCACACCUGACAAUUUCCACCGUGCUACCACCACCCCAUCCAACCAGCCACACCUCCCUUUUCCCUACCGCCAAUUACUACCAUCCAAAAUGUGCUACUUCGAACAAACCCUCUGGUCCUGCGGCUACUGGAAGUGGGGAAACUUCCGCCAGCAGUGCAACAAGGAGUACCGCACGGGCGAGACGUGCGGACUCAAGCUCGUCUACGAGACCAACUUUAUUCCUUCACCUUGCAAAAUUUGCGAGCAAAUCACCAAGAAGGAUCGAAGACUACGCAAGAUGGCAGAGGAUAUUGAACGCUGGUCACGCGAGGGAAAUCGCAAGGCCACCAUAGAAAAGACGCAGGCGGAUAUGUUGGGGGUGCGGGGACAGAUUCAAGAGCUGUGGAGGGGGCACGAGGAGAAGCAGAGGAGUAUUUGAUGAGGUGUGGCGGUGCAAGUAUGACAUUUUGUUUCUGUUGAUAUUCUUCAGGCUUUCCUGGUGUUUCUUCUUCUUUUUCAUAAUUAUUUUCUGGUUGGUUAGAAAAUGGAGGAUGGAAGGGCGGUGAUAUGAACGAAGCUGCUGGUGGUGGAUGGGGAGAUGAGGCAUGCGGUAGCGGUGGUUAGGUAGGUGGCUGAUAGGAUGCCACAAUGAUGAAAUGACUUGCACGGUAAUGGUUUGAUGAAACACACAAGGAAGGAAAAUAAAGAUAUGAAGUAUUGAAAAAAAGAGAAAGGCGACAAGGAAGAAAGACUGGGGCAAAGAGAAAAGCGCACAGAGAAUGACUGGUCCAGAUCUUUCCAACAUUUGCUUUCAAUUCUCAUAUAGGUCUGCAACGUUGUCCCAUAGCAAUUUUUUUUUGGUUCCAAUUUUGGACAUUUAAGGAUACAAGAUAGCUCAGUAUUUAUGCCAAUCCAUGAUGG